AUGGGGGGCGGGAAGGACAACCAUGAUCCCUCAGGCGCGGACAAGGGAUUCCAUGGAGGGUACCCAGGUGGAUACGGCCAAUACCCUGCCGGUUACCCUACUCCACCAAGUGCAUAUCCUCAUGGACAAGGGUAUCCGGUCCCACCUGGUGGGUACCCGCCUCAAGGUGGCUACCCUCAAUCUGGUGGAUACCCGCCAUCGCAUGGUGCUUACCCGCCGGGUGCAUAUCCUCCAAGUGGAUAUCCCCAUCAACCCGGCUACCCACAAGCCGGCUAUCCUAGUCAUGGUCCACCAAUGUCUGGUCACGGUGCUAUGUACGGAGGAGGCCACGGCGCAGGGGGCUCUGCAGGCUACGGCGCGGUGAUCGCCGGAGGUGCCGCGGCUGCAGCUGCAGCGUACGGAGCUCACAAGAUAUCCCACGGCCACGGAGGCGGCUACGGGAUGCACGGCCACCACGGCAAGUUCAAACAUGGCAAGUUCAAGCACGGCAAGUUUGGCAAGCACAAGAAAAUGUACGGUAAGCACAAGAAGAUGUUCGGGCGCAAGUGGAAGUGAAGAGGGUGUGAAACUAAGCCGCAGCUAUAGCAAAACCUUGGCCAUGAGAUUUUGGACCGGCAAAUGUUAAAGUUUGUUUGUGUUAUUUUAAAUACAUCCUUUUUCUCGUUUGAUGCUGGAUCUCAUUUCAAGCAGCGAAAGUGUCAAAUGAUAUAU